AUGGCCACUAACAGCAGUAUAUGUGGCAUAUGUUCACUUCGACAGAUAACACAACCAUCGAAACACUGGUGCCCGCAAUGUGAAGAAGCUCUUUGUGAUGAGUGUAGAUAUCAUCAUACUUUACUAAAAGUCACGCGAAGUCACGAGCCUAUACCAAUGUCGGAUUACAAGUCGAUUCCGUCAUUUAUAUCUGACAUUCAGCAAUCGUGUAUCUACCACAAUGAACAAUAUCAACAGUACUGCGUUGAACAUGCAUUACCUAUUUGUUUCAAAUGUAUCAAUGACCAUCGUACAUGUAACGUUACUACUCUUGAGAAAAUCAUCAAUAACGUCAAGACCUCUGAGCAGUUUCUAGACUUAGAAUCCAGACUUGGCGACUUAUUACAAAAUAUCGACCAAAUUAAAAAGGACAGAAAUUCGAAUUUGACAAAAAUUGAGGAAAUAAAAACGCGAUUUGUUAAAGAAAUUAGACAGAAAAAAGCGGAAAUAAACAAUCACUUAGACAAUCUUGAACAACAAGUCAUCAAAGAUCUUGAAGAGAAGGAAUGUCAAAGUUUCGAGAGUAUUCAGAAGGUUUUAUCAUCUGUCACAGAAAAAGAAACCAUGGUAACUCAAUGUCAGACCAAUUUCCAAAGCAUCAAACAAUAUGCAUCCGAUCUGCAAACAUUUCUUGGAAUAAGAGAAAUUGAGGUUAAGGUUUACGAAAAUGAACAGUAUCUUCAUACAUUGAUAGAAGAAAAAAAUUUGGAGCAGCUUGAACUAGUGUGGAAGGAAGACCCAGUUUUGCAAAGUAUUUUUGGCAGUUUCAAGACCUUUGGCUCAAUUGAAGUGAAAACUCAAACUAGCAUCAUUGAGUUCAUUACAGCGAAAGAUAAACAAGCACAGUUACAAGUAAUGAAGACGAAGAAGACCAUUGAUGGUGUGACGUUGAUUCUCCAAAAGGAGAUUACAAUAAACGGGAAUGAGGUCAGGGGUUGUUGUAUGUCAGAAGAGGGGGACAUUUUAUUCAUCGAUUAUCUAAUCGCGGAUGGAAUGCUAACAGUAUUUGCAACAGAUAAUAAGCUCAAAUAUCACAUGCUACUUGAACCUAGUAGUGGGUUUGACAUAACACCGAUUGACGAGAGAACUGUUGCUAUUACAAGUGGGAAUUCAAUGGAAAAAAGGGUGUGGAUAUUAUAG